AUGCCCGCCCCUUCUCCCGCCCGUUUCGCCCCUGUUGUCCUUCCCCCUCUGCCCAGUUACACUAAAGGCAGGAGUCUCCGGCAGCACGGCGCGCAACACAACACACUGACAGCUCCGACUGACUCACAAACCGAGGGGGGAAAGAUGGAGCACAGAGACACCAACUUCAACAUACUGUUAGCGACCGAUUCGUACAAGGUAACGCAUUACAAACAGUACCCGCCCAACACAAGUAAAGUCUACUCCUACUUCGAGUGUCGGGAGAAAAGGACGGAUCCCAGCAAAAAUAGAAAAGUCAAAUAUGACAAAACCGUCUUUUACGGGCUGCAGUACAUCCUCAACAAAUACCUAAAAGGAAAAGUUGUCACCCCCGAGAAGAUUCAGGAGGCAAAGGAGGUUUACAGAGAACACUUCCAGGAUGAUGUUUUCAACGAGAAGGGCUGGACGUACAUUUUGGAGAAGUACGACGGACACCUGCCCAUUGAGAUCAAGGCUGUGCCGGAGGGAAGCGUCAUUCCUAGAGGCAACGUUUUGUUCACCGUGGAGAGCACAGACCCUGAAUGCUACUGGCUCACCAACUGGGUGGAGACCAUCCUGGUUCAGAUCUGGUACCCCAUCACUGUGGCAACCAACUCCAGAGAGCAAAAAAAGAUCCUGGCCAAGUACCUCCUGGAGACCUCUGGGAACCUGGAGAAGCUCGAGUACAAACUGCAUGACUUUGGCUACAGGGGUGUGUCCUCCCAAGAGACUGCUGGCAUCGGAGCCUCCGCCCACCUGGUCAACUUCAAGGGCACCGACACGGUGGCCGGGAUCGGAGUCAUAAAGAAGUACUACGGCACCAAAGACCCGGUGCCAGGCUUCUCUGUUCCCGCCGCCGAGCACAGUACCAUCACAGCCUGGGGAAAGGACCAUGAGAAGGAUGCCUUUGAGCACAUCAUCAAGCAGUUCCCCAGCGUGCCCGUGUCCAUCGUGAGCGACAGCUACGACAUCUACAACGCCUGUGAAAAGAUUUGGGGCGAGGACCUCCGGGAGCUGAUAGUGAAGCGCGGGGCGGACGCCCCGCUGGUCGUCCGGCCAGACUCGGGAAACCCGCUGGACACAGUGCUGAAGGUUUUGGAGAUCCUGGGGAAGAAAUUUCCUCCACUGGAGAACUCCAAAGGUUUUAAGGUCCUGCCUCCUUACAUCAGAGUCAUACAAGGAGACGGAGUGGACAUCAACACGCUGCAGGAGAUAGUGGAGGGUAUGAAGGCGCACAAGUGGUCCAUCGAGAACAUUGCCUUCGGAUCCGGAGGGGCUUUAUUGCAGAAACUGACCAGAGAUCUGCUCAACUGCUCCUUCAAAUGCAGCUACGUGGUCACAAAUGGACUCGGGGUGAACGUGUUCAAGGAUCCAGUGGCAGACCCCAACAAGAGGUCAAAGAAAGGCCGCCUCUCUCUGCACAGAACACCGAGUGGAGACUUCGUCACCCUGGAGGAAGGCAAGGGAGACCUGGAGGAGUACGGUGUGGACCUGCUGCACACAGUGUUUCAGAACGGGAAAAUCGUGAAGACGUACACGUUCGAUGACGUCAGAGACAAUGCGAAGCUCAAAGACAGUGAGCUUGAGGAGCUGCUGCAGUGAGGGCAGUCUUUCUAACCCCGACACCACCCCCAAACCCCCCCGCCCCCGACCACCCCUCCUGUCCAACCUUCACCUUAUUGCCUCCAGUAUCACCAUAUAAAAUGGAGGUGUGUGCACUGCAAAUACCCCCAUCCUCCCCCCUCCCGCCCACCCCCCCCCCCCCACAUUUCCAAAAGCCUAAAAAUCUCCCAUUCCUUUUAGAUUUACAGAAUUCCCCCCCACGGGUUCUAAAACGCUGUUCGAUGGUUGUCCGGCAGAGCGACAGAAGAGGAGAAUUAGGAAAUCACAGGUGUCACAGAUCGAUGAUAAUCUCCCCGUGGGGUUUAGAGGAGGGGCAUGAAAAAAAAGAAAAGAAAAAAGAAGUACCCGUGUGUGAGUGUUUAGAGAGUCCCGGUGACGGAAAACCAGAUCAAGCCUGAGCUUGUUGCACUAAUAGGUUGGGCAUUUGGCUACUACAUGAAUGUGACCGGCCGGCCGCUGGCGGGCAGCGCGUCCGCAGACGAGGUGAUUGUAGGUUGGAGAAGGGGGAGGGAGGCGGACGAUGGCGGAAAGGAAACCACGAGGCCACACCCACACCAGUGAUCACCCUCUGUGUAUUCUGUACAGAACGGUUUAGAGAAAAACCAAAACAAACCCUCUGAAUCCACUUAGUUUUGACCUCGGUGUGAAGGAGGAACCCGAUUUAUCAUCCGCCGUGCACUGAUAACAUGACAAACGAUAUUUAAUACAACUCGGUAGUGAAACUGUAAUCAUGGGUAAAGGAGGUGUCAACUUUUCCCACAUUUCUUGCUUUUAAUCAGUAGUUUUGACCCGAACUGGGCGUAUCUGAAGGAACACGCUUGUAUGUGAUUGGCUCCUUGCUGAUUCGCCGCCCGGCGCACGUUCACAUCAUGAAGAUCUUACCGCUCGGAAAAAGACGGGAAGAAAGGUUUCCCCCAUUCCCGAUGUUUUACAUUGUCGUUGAAUCAUGGAUCGGAUUUUAAACUCUAAGGUGUUGUGAUCUUCAUGAUGGCGAAUGCCUCGCCAUCUCGGUGGAAGACUAAGACAUCGAUGUAUAAGGAUAAAAAAAAGAUGAAAAAUCAAGUGUUUAUGAGAGAUUACAUAAUGUACGUGGCUCCUGGGUUUAAAUGUGUGUUAAGUGUCGCUCCUGAUCUGCGUGUGUUUGUGUAUGUGUGCGUGUGUGUGUGUGUAUGUGUGUGUUUUGACAUUUCUUCUGUUCAAGGACUGUGUCGUGAUCCUUUAUGCAAACACGCUGGUCGAUCAUCGGAAUAGAGACGUCUCUUCCUUUUUUAUUUCUCUGGCCUUUGUACCUGAGAGGAGGAGUGUUGUGGUAGUCAGAUGGUGAGGGGUGGGGGCGGGGGGGGUUCUUUUGGGCAAUGUUUAAGCACCAAAGACCUAAAGCGAGUACGGUCGGUGAGGCUAACCGGAGCGGCCAGGGGGUGGAAGAUUGACGGAGGCCAGCUAAGCAUUGCCCUCAGUAUCACUGCCUUAACGUGUGAGAGGCACAGACGCAGAGGGCUGGGGGGGGGCGGGGACAUGUUUGUCAGAAACCAACUCAUCAAAUCUUGCUCUUCCUUUUCCUUUAGGACACUCUUUGUCCUUUAUCUCUCCUUUCAGGGCUCCUCUUUUUUUUUUUUUUUUUUUUUUUUUGUCAUAAAUUUUUUUUAUUGGGUUUCUUCUUUUGUUUUUUUUGGCCUUUUUUUCCUUUUUUUUUUUU